AUGGCGGCGUGGGCGCCACCGUGGCGCGGUGGGUGCAGUGGGAAAAGCAAGUGGUCCUGCAGCUGCGGGACAGAGGACAACUACGCGACGAGGAAGCACUGCUGUGGGUGUGGGGCUAAAGCACCACGGCGGCCGUCCACCUUCAAAGAAGCGCUGCUGGGCCCGUCCAAACGGGAGGUGGCGAUGCAGAAGAAGCUGGACGUGCUCACGCAGGAGCUCACGGCGCCCAGGGGCAGCGGCAAGGUCGGCAAGGAAGAGACUGUGGAUGGGGCGAAAGAGGCACCGCAGGUCGACCUGGCGAGGCUCCACAAGUGGGCGCAGGCGUGCAAGAGCGAGCGGGGGCGGGGGAACUCGGAGGAGUACAAGGCAGCUUUCGCGAAGUACCAAGCGGCCAGGGCUGAGAAGGACAAUGCCAAGCCGCACUCCGUGCAGCUCACGCAGGCGAAGCACGCCAGGGAGAAGUUGGAGAAGGAGGUUGAGGCGAGCGCCAAAGACGUCAGCUGGCACGAGCAGCAGCUGGAGGAGGCGCGAGCCAAGUACGAGAAGAAAAAGGAGCAGCUGCAGAUGGCGACGGCCAAGGAGCAGGAGCUCAAGGUGCAGGACUGCGGAGUCCGUGAGUCGCCCGAGUUCCUCAAAGCCACGCAGAGGCACUUCGAGGACGCGGUCGACGGCAGCGGAGUCACCAAGGAAGAGUACCAGCAGGUAUCCGACCUGCUCGGCAAGGUCAUGGCCAACGCGAAGCAGGAGGACGUGGACAUGGUCGGAGCGCAGGAGCACCAGGAGCACCAGGAGAAGCAGUUGGGCAAGCACUACCCGAGGAAGCAGAACUCCCAGAGCCCACUGCUGAAGAGCAGGGAUGGCUCAGGGCAAGCAGAGUACCAGAAGAAGCUACACCUGAUCAACGGAAGCGUUGGCAGGAGGUGUGCGCCAGCCUGGCCGGGCAGGCAGCCAAGAGACAGCGGCGAGGGCAGCAAGCGCAACAGGAAGCCCCAGCAUGAUACGGUCACCCAAUGGACGUGCUACGAAGCGCAGGAGCUUCACCUGAACACGGACAAGCUCGCGGUGGUCACGCAGAGCAUGAAGGCAGAAGGUUACCUCAUGGGUGGCGCUGCGGCGGUGGCCACAGCGGGACCCAAUGGCGAGCCAGGCACGUCGGCAGGCGUGGCGGCUGUGGCGUCGGAGCGAGUUGGGAUGAGUUACAUGUUUGGCAAUGAUGACUAUGGCAUUUCCCCGCAGGAAACACGCAGCGGAUCACACAUGCGAUUGGAAAGUUGCAGAGUUUCCGGGGGCGUGCCGCGGGUCAUCGGGGUCAUCGGGGGCGACUUCCAGGCGGCGCCAGAUGUCAUGGCGAACGUGGCGAGCGUUCAAGUUGCGAAGGCCACAGUGGUCACGGCCAACGCAGCGUGCGGAACCUACAGGCACGCGCGUGGCAACAGCGAGAUCGACUACUUCGCGGUGGCGAACUCGGUGAUCGCGCAGGUGGAGCGCGUCGCGGUGCAGGAGACGUGGCCUGCGGCGCCACGUAAACCAGUGGGGCGCACGCUCAAGCUGAAGGCGGAGCAGCUCAGGGUGAGGGUGCUCGGGGAGCCGAAGGAGUUGCCAGAGGUGCCGAUCGGGGGCGUACCCAAGCCACCGAGAUACGCGGACGUUAAGGAGUUUAGCACACAGAUGGCGGCGAACACCGAGUGGACCAAGUACAUGCAGGUGCUGGAAAAGGAGGCCGUCCAGGUGCGAGGCAUGAAGUGGGAGGUGCGCCCCCACCGAAUGAAGUACAUCAGCGUAACGGACCAGGGUAUAUGGCAGGCCAGGUGCGACGUGACCGUCGCGAGCCAUCUGAGGGACGUCAGCAGGGGCGAGACCUUCCAGGCCUGGGUGAAAGAAGCGGAGAGCAAAAUGAAGACAGUCGAUCAGCAGUUGCUCAAGGACAGGAGUGCAGAUACGAUGGCCAAAGCAGCGGACCCCAUGGAGGCGGCGGAGUUCACCUUCGCUCAGCGGAAGGACGUUUGGCGGGUGGGCGAGGUCUACCAGGAGGACGUCAGCAGGCUGAAGGAGGUGGUGCGCACCUUCAUGAAGCGCACAGGUAUUGGGGUGGACCGCUGGCACCCGUCGAUGCUGCAGGGAGCGAGUGACGAGGCGUACAGCAAGCUGCUGGACACAAUGCGGGAGGUGGAGCGUGCGCUGGGGUGGCCGACCCACAUGGGCACGGUGCUGUUCUUCAUUAUCCCGAAGCCCUUCACGACAGAUAGGGUUAUAGGGCUCCUGCACACCACCAUACGUAUAUGGGAGAUCAUGCGGGCGCCGUACAUGACUAGGUGGGCGGAGGAGAACCAGAGGAGCUGGGACUGCACCAGCUUCGGCAAGGCGGCGGAGGACGCUGCACGGGACGCGCUGCUGAGUCACGAAAUGGAUGAUCCAGAGGGCCAGAGCGAGGAGCUGGAGGCCACGAUCACGGCGGCAUUGGACCUGAUCAAGGCCCCCGAGCGGGUUAGCUUGUUUGUCUUAUGGGAGGCGGGCAAGCAGUUGAAUUUCAGCACGGGGGCACUGGCAGUGGUGCGCUCGCACUUUGCGAUGGCCAGAAGGCUGAUUGCCGGGGGGUCCGUCUCUAGCGCCACCAGCACGGUGGGCGCGAUCGUAGCAGGGGGUAAGUUUUCGGUGCGCUUCCUGAAGCUGGUCAUCCAGUCUGCGGUGGAUGGCCUAGUGGUGGAGAGGCAUCGGGCGAAAUGGCGCAUGCAUGUGGACGAUCUAUGUGUGCGGCUACGCCAGCAGCGGCAGUACAUCUUGCAGGACUUCAGCGACACCAUUGACGCCUGCUUCGGGGGCUUCGACAAGCUGGGCCUGAAGCUCUCGGUGAGUACCCAGGGCGAAGAAGCCGCCAUGGCCAGUGCCAAGUGGGUGCGCAGGGCGGCGGCGAAGGAGAUGAAGGCGCGUGGGCUGCCCGUGGUGCGGGCGCGCCCGUACUUGGGCGUCGACCUCAUCGCGAACGGCGCGGCAGCGAAGACCAAGCGCGGCAAGCGAUGCAAGACCAUGCUGGACAGAAGUCGGCGGCUUGCGAAUCCCAAGGGCGGCGGCCGCAAGAUGGCCAAGGGCGCGGCGUUGGUCUUUAAGUGCGGCCUUAAGCGCUCGGUGUUGUACGGGUGCAAGUGCUUGGGCAUGCCGGACCAUCAGCUACGGCGAACUCGGCGACAAGCGGGACGAGCACUACCAGGAGGGCGUGGAGCCAAGAGCCUCGCGCUGCAGCUGGCGCUGGCGAACGAGGAGCCCGCCUACGAGGCCACCGAGGGUACGCGGGCCUGCGGGGGCGGUGACCACGUCGCCCAAGCGUGCGCAGUGGACGUGGCCAGCCUGGGCAUGGGGGAGGUGCGCCCCAUGGAUGUCGCGGGGAUGCCGCGGAAGGACGUGCAGCGGAAGCUGCGGCAGGACUGGGCGGCGGCGGACGAGUACGCAAGCCUACGGCCAGCGCCGAUGGUGGCCCCAGCGGUGGCGCAGCUGAAGGCGCGGGACUUCCCGAAGCACGCCAAGAGCGCAGCGAGGAAGGCCUUCAUUGGCGGGGGCUGGUCCAUGAGCAAGCGUUGCGAGUGCAAGAUCGUGCCAGCGGACAUCUGCUUGGCGUGCGGGGAGGCGGUGGGCACCCCGCACCACGGGCAUUUCAAAUGUCAGGCCUUGAGGGAGCGGCGCUUGCAUGCGCAACCUGAGUGGCAGACGGUGGCUGCGCAGCAGGAGGAUAGCUUGCUCUGGGCGCGGGGGCUGGUGGGGCACCCAGAAGAGGACUGGAAGUCCGAGGGCGUCGAUGAGGGCCAGCUCAUGUGCCAGACCGUGGAGGGCGAUGAAGACUACUUCACAGGUGACAUCGUGUGCGACGGGCCCAAUAUAGGUUACAGUGAGUGGGCGCAGACGGGUUGGGCGGCCAUGUCGAUCAACGAGAACGGGACGCCGAAGUACCAGAUGUGGGGGCCACUGCCGUGCACGCUCCCAAUGCAUAGGGAAAUCAAGCGCGCGGAGAUGUGGGCCUUUUACAAGGGCCUGCACAAGGGCGAGCGAUGGUGCAUCAGCUGGAAGCGGCCGCACGCCGACAUCUGGAAGCGCAUCUUGCACAAAAUUCGUGACCUCGACCUGGGUGUGAACGGGGUUUUCCACGUCAAGGCGCACAGGCCCAAGGCGAAGAUCGAGCAGCUCACUGGCACGGAGCUCAGGAUCGCGAAGGGCAAUGCGGAGGUGGACCUGCUAGCCAAGGCGGGGGCCGAGGUGGGCGCGAAUGACGGGAAGCACCAGACGGUGGAGGCGCCGGCUGGCCGUGCACGCUGGGCGGCGCAGAACAUCGGUUGGUGGCACCAGCAGAUGGAGGGCGAGUGGCCAGACGUACCGAAGCGAGUACGUGGACGACCACUACGCCGACAGCCAACGCCACUAAUCACUCUGACGAGGCACGAGGUGAAGGAGUACGGUGGCUGGGUGUGGUGUGCGCGGUGCGGUGGGCGAGCUGCUACACAGCGCAUGAGGAGGGAGCUCUGGGAGUCGGACUGCCAGCCGCCGCCGUGGACCUCAGCGGGUUCGCGCAAUGCAGGCAGGGUGGGCUCCCUGGAGGCGAGCGUCGCGGUGGUGAUGACCGCAGCCGCUGCAGCAGCGGCAGGGGCGCAGCUUGCAGAAGAACCACCACGACAAGCACCAACAGCACCUGUGCAGGAGGACGGACCGCGUCAGCACAGAGUGGAGGUGCAUUGGCCGUGCGCGGUGUGCACGGCGUGCGGGGCCUACUCUGCGCGGAGGCGGGCGGGCCUUCGGAUCGCCUGCACGGGGCCGCUGGCAAGGAGGGGCCUCAGCACAAAGGACGACGCCAAGCGCAAGAAGGGGCAGGAAUCUGGCUGA